AAAGGGCUAGCCACAUACAUGCUUCAAAGAAACGCUCAGUGAGGGAUCUAGUUGAAUUUUGAAACCAUCAUGAGUGGAGGAACCCCUUAUAUCGGGAGCAAAAUCAGCCUAAUUUCUAAGGCCGAGAUUCGUUACGAAGGGAUUCUCUACACUAUUGACACUGAGAAUUCGACUGCCGCACUUGCAAAAGUUCGGUCUUUUGGCACUGAGGAUCGGCCCACUGAUAGGCCCAUCCCGCCCCGAGAUGAGAUCUUUGAGUACAUAAUCUUCAGAGGCAGUGACAUCAAGGACCUGACUGUGUGUGAGCCGCCAAAGCCAACAUGCUCUUUCCCGCAGGACCCUGCCAUCGUCCAGUCCUCUGUGUGCUCAGCCCCUCCACCUGCUCCUGCUGCCACUUCAGUUCCAUUCCAGUCGGUGGGCUCCAACGGCCUGUUCAACCGAACUCCCGUGCCCCUGUACAGCCAGUGUAACACCAGCCCUCUGGUGUCCAUGCAGUUUGGCACUGUUGGUGACUGUAAGAGCCACAGCAACGCAAAGCCUGGAUAUGGACGAUCAGUGCCGCCCUCCUCCUUUGGGAGCGACACAAACUCUGCUGUAACCCAGUCCCAGAGCAGUGCUAUUGGCGCUGCUCUCCCCACUGAUUCACGCUCUCUGGGUACCGCUACUGUCCUUGUAUCUAAAGGCCACACCAGCCCCUCCCUGGACCCCCUGAGGAAGAGCCCCACAGUAGAACAGGCUGCCCCGUCGGCCCCCUACGCUCCGACUCCCAGCUUGGGCCGUAGGAGUACUGCUCCAGGCCAAACGACCCCCUCGGCUCCAGCUGCCGGCCAUGCCCAGCAGCAGCACAAUCACCAGGUUGGCGGCCCCCCACCUCAGAGGCGUGGUCAUGGGGGAAGACAACGCGGCAGGAGCCGAUUCAACGUGCGCCUAGCCGGACCCAUGAAGGACUUCGACUUUGAGAGUGCCAACGCCCAGUUCGACAAGGAAGAAAUUGACAGGGAGUUCCAGAGCAAGCUCAAACUAAAAGAUGAGACUGAGAAGGCAGCAGUGAACGUGGAGGAUAAGGGCAACUCCAGUGUGGAGACUCAGAACAGCAAGGGCAACGCUGAUGAAGGGCUGGAGGCACUAACACUAAAAGUUUACUACGACAAGACUAAGUCUUUCUUCGACAAAGUCUCCUGUGAUUACAACAGGAAAGCUGCAGAAAAACCUGGAGGAAGCUCUGGUUUCCCACUGCAGCGGAGACAGACCUGGGCUGAGGAGAGGCGUAUCAACUCUGAGACGUUCGGCAUCCCCCUGCGCGGGGCUCAGGCCCGUGGGGGCUACCGCGGCCGUGGUGGUAUGGGCUUCCGCAGGGGUCGCUCCGCCAGCAGAGGGUCCUUCGGUCCCCCCCGCGGAGGCCACGGCUACAGGGGAGGAUCCAAUCCAACAAGCCAGGGAGGAUUGGAGUUUUCAGUGAACUUUGAGGACAGGGAUACCCAUGGCUGCAUGGAGGACAGAUCAAGAGGGGCGACGCCUCAUCUUUAGAAAUAGUUUGUUUUAUACUUUUGACUAAAAGAUUGUAUAUUUGUCAACAUCACUGGGGUAGACUGCUUGAAUGCCACUUUUCCAUAUCUUUUAAUAAUGGAAAUGAUGCAAUCCAUCGAUCUCUUCAAAACAAUUUCCAGGUGGCUAAAUUGUGUAUAAAAAUAUGAGGGAUGUCCUUUUCAACAAUGAGUUAUUUUUCUUUUCUUGUAACAGGUAUUUGAUUAUAUUCUGUUAUGUGUAGAAGGCUGAAUGACUGAGGAUCACUGACAGCUUCAUUUUUUGGGGGGGUAACCUGUAAUGUACCAAAAUAGCCAGUGGGGUCUGUCACAGCUUUCUGUGUAUUUUUCAACCACACAAAAACUGUACCUGUACCUAGUCUGCUAGCUAUCCAUCUAUCCCACUUCUCCAAGCUAUCUAUGUCCUCCAAAUGGUAGCGUUUGUGAUUUUAGCUAGAUAUCAAAGUUUUGUAAAUGAUAUUCUGUUUUAUUUACUUCCACCUCUUUACUAGUGAUGGUGCUAGAUGAACUUGGCUAUACUCUUGUUUGGUGACAUAGUUUAACUCUGGUUGCAUAACUAGGUAUAGGGAAAGAUGGAUCAAAGGUCAGAACUUCAUUUUCUUAAUUAAAAAAAAUCUGUAGAUUGCCCUGUACUCGAUGCUACUGGUAUUGUGUAACUAGAGUUGCACAAUGCUGCUGUUUGCUACGGUUAUCUCUAGCGUGAUCUAUGUAAACUGCUACAAGAGCUCGCUAAAGCAGGCCAUCUACAUAUGCUUCUUCCUGACAUUUGGGUCACAUUUCGGUUUCCAACAUUUCUAAGGAGCCUUUCCAAAUUGUUAUUCCCUCUUACCUCUUUUUGUCAGUCUGUUAACCUCAUCCUGAACUCCCCAUCCCCGUUCCUCUCAAAGAAACCAGAAUGCCAGAAAGAAUUUGACCCACCAACCGUACUUGAGAUGUCUGACGGAGAGAAACAAUACCCUGAUUAAACUCUUGAUCCGAUGCCUCUGACUCUGUCCCAUGGCACUGCAUGGCGGUUGGUGGCUUGCUAAGCUACACAAGUGAUGUCAACCUAAUUGCUCAGUUAAAAAUUGGUUAAAAUAUUUGAUUGUAGAGCCCUUUGGUUUUAGCUUAUUAGGUAUUAGUUACAUAGCAAUAUUGAAGCUAAUGUUUCGGAGGGUUUGAAUGAUUGGGCACAAAUUGGGUGAAGGUUGGUUGAUGGGAAGUAAUGAACUUUGACUGAAUGGCUGAUGCUAUCUUGGCCAGGAAUGAUAUAAAUAGAGAAAAUACUAGCUAGAUUUGUGAAUUUCUAUCUUGCAGGAAACGUACAUACAGUUGCACUUUUUUACUAUUGAAGUUGUUUUAUAUAAUGGUGUCUUCUGUUAAUGUGUUAAUCCUGAGCUUGUAUUCCAGUUCUGCUAACUGCGGACGACCUGUGAGUCCUAAAUGGCAGCCCUAUAUAGUGCACUGCUUGGCUCUGGUCAAAAGUAGUUCACUUCACAGGGAAUAAGGUGCUAUUUGGGAUGAUACUGAUAUGGUACCUGACCCCCCCCCCCCCUGUGUGAACAGGUCUUAAACUGCAAGUUCAUUAUUGCGUUUCUUUUAGUGUCCUCAGGGAGUUAAGAAUAAUUUCUUGUUGUGCCUUAAUGCCAGUGAAUAACUAGAAUACUACAUUUUACUUUAAUUGGAAUUUAUUCUAAGAACUUGUGCCCAUUUUGCUGUACUCUGAAGCUCUUUUGCACAGUGCUGUUCGAUGAACUAGGUUAUUGUUUGCCAAUGUACUAGAUUUAUUCAGAAGUAUGGAUAUGUCUACAUCGGUACGUUCUGUUGAGUGACGGAGUUGACGCCAAGUUCCAACAUCUUGUUAAUUUCCAUUGCAGGAUCAUUAUUCUCUGGCAUUGAUGCACUGUAGUGGAAAGUGUGGAUUCUGCCCCCAUUAAGGUUUUGAAAGCUUUCAGUAAUUAAAAUGAGACCAACAUAGAGAAAGAAUAUUGAUUGUCGAAGUGUUAAAUGGUGCUGGAAUAGAUGGGUGGGGAGGGGGGUUUAUAUAGGCAGCCCAAUUCUGAUAAUGUUCACUAAUUGGUAUUUGGAGCAGCUCUGAAAAAGAACAAUUGGCUUCCUGUAUAAACGCAGCCUUAAAAUGAUCUUGUCUAAGAUGAAGGGUGGUACAGUAGAAUGGGUGGUGGGAUGGGGUGAACCCAAACUGUAUUGCCUUGAUUCUUUACUUGUCUUCUCAAAACAUAUUGGUGCAGAAGAUCAGAGGGGAGGAACCUCUUCUUCUGCGCCAAUUUGUUUUGGGGAGACGAGGAAUCAAGUCAACAGUUUAGGUUCACCCAUAGGAUCAAGUGCCUAGUUCAAAGGAAUGUCCUGUAUCUCCAUUUCUCAUUGUUGCACAGAAGCCUGCAUGAGGGUCUGGCUCAAGCCACUAUCAUGACACAGCAAGGAUACAAUGCAAUAACCUACUAAAAUGUCUGUGCUGGGGAUAGUUUGUUUGAGCAUCAAAUGUAAUUUAUAUACAGACUUUAAGCUUGUUUAUUUGGGUACAUUUUUCUAACAGUUUUGUCUCUGAACCCAGCAUGACGUCCUCUUCUGUGGGCCUCAGUGGACUGGGUUUUUUUAUUCGAAGCAAACAAUAAAAGUUUUCAUAUCUGUG